UAGUUACAAGGCAAGCUCGGGUCAAAAAACUUUGGCUUGGCAAUGGGAUCAUCUGAGGUCGACGACCGAGCUUCGAGCUUCGUCGCCGGAGACUAAUUGAUUGCGCCCACCAUCCUACCCUACCGCCUGUUUUCCCGCCUCGAAGCAUCAGACUCACCUCCGCACCGCCCUACCAGCUCCCCGAGCAGCCCGUGGACGAACCACGCCCAGAAACAUAACAAUGCCGAUAUCCACUGCCCCGCGCAGCGUCACUGACGCAACGCGGUUUACAGCGACGACGCCCCAUGCCAGCUCCAAAGCAGCUGCGCCAACAUCCCGCUUCACCCCGCCCAAGUCUGGCUCCCUACCUCCCGGCGCUGGCUCCGGAGCGCCCCCACCCCUAGAAACCCCGGAGCAGAAGGUGGCCCGGUUACGGGCGGCGCACCAGAGGGCGAAGGCGACGCAGGUGUCGAGGUUCGACAGGUUGGUCGCCUCUAGCCGGCGGUUAUUCGACUCGGCGCACAGGGUCACCGUGUUUGGGCUGGUUGGCUUUACGGUUAUCGCCGGCCUUGUAACCGCCUACACAGCGGUCGACAUGAUCAUGUACAACAAGAAGCGCACCGCCGAGUGGAUCGAGGCACAGAAGAAGAUCGAGGCCGACAGUCUCGAGGCAGCCCGCAUAGCCUACAUGACGGGUAAGGCGACCGAGGAGCAGAUCGCCCUGGUGGAGGACUACCUCGAGCGCGAGCGCGACGCGAGCCGCAAGACGUCCUUCUUCUCCAAGCUGCCCGGCGCUCUAGAGCCGGCGUCGUCGGCACCAGCGUCGGCAUCGGCGUCUGGUCAGCAACAACGGCCCCAAAGCAUAACCGAAACCGUCUCGUGGCCCUCAAAUGAAUCCGCCUCUGAACCCGAGUCUCAGCCGUCGCAAGAUAAAGAGAACAAAGGAGGCCUUUGGGCCUGGUUAACAUCCAACCUCAAGCGCGAAGAGGAAGGCGACACCGUCAUGUCGCCACAGCCCCGCCUCGGCUGGGAGUCGCUGAGCGAGGAGGAUGACGGCAAAGGGGUGCGCGACAGCGACCUUGUGCGGGCCGUCGGCGCAAAAGCUCAAGCCGCGUUCGAGAAGGAGAAGGAGAACCAGCGCAAGGGAGGACCACUGGACCGGGUCGGCGUUGCAGAUGAUGCGAAGGGCGAGGCGCAGACUGAGGCUGGGGCGGGAGAGCAGCAGGGGAAGAAGAAGGGGUGGCUGUGGUGAUCGGUUGGUUGUUGGCGAAGAUGGGCGACGGUAGGCUGUUGCGU